AUGCCCAACAACCGCAAGACCACCCUCAAGAAGAUCAAGGGAAACAGCGAGGUGCACCCGGGAUCGCGCAAGGCGGCGCAGAUCACCCGUGUCCACCUGCGCAAGGCCAAGCUGGUCUCGGCAAGGAAGGACCGUAAGGAACUCAAGGUGGCAAAGCUCUUCCGCCCCAACUUCUUCCUCCACCAGGUCACCAGUGCCGAGGCUCUCACCUUGCCAGAGCUCCGUUCGCUCGUUACAAACGUCUUCCUUACCCGCAACGACGCCCGUAUCGCCGAGCUCGAGUCUGAGCGUCGUGCCGGCAGGGCAAAGGUCAAGGAGCAUGUCGACCUGGAGGAGCUGAAACGAGUGGAGAACUCGGAGUGGGAGACUGGCUUUGAGGUCGUCGACCUGACCGACCCCAAGUGCACACGCUUGAUGAGCCAGUGGGCCGAGGCGGGCACGAGGCUCAAGUCUGCCCACGUCGACCUCCUCCCCUGGGUCCGUAUUGCUCGCGGCACGCCCGAAGUUGUCACUCCUUCGCGCCCAGGCCAGCUGGCGGGCAUGGGUCUCGGCGGCGGCCCGAUUGAGAUUGAGGUGGACGCCGGUGAGGAUUCCGACGCUGAGAUGGAGUGA